AUGGGGAAGAGGAAGAUCAAAGUAGAGAAGAUCAAGGACGAUCGCACGCGCCUUGCCACGUUCCAGAAGCGAAAGAUGGGGCUGAUCAAGAAAGCCAUGGAGCUCUCCGUGCUGUGCGAGGUGGAGGUUGCUCUAGUGAUCUUCGGUGCCCCCACCCAGACGUGCAAGCAAGGGAAGCUCUGCCAGUACUCGUCCAAGGACAUUGACCUCCUUCUCACUAAGUUU